AUGGGCGCUAGCGAGUGCGUCGCCAAAGAGAAGGUUGUUGCACCGGACCUCGGCGCCAUCAUCUGUUGCUGGGGCAAGCUAAGGUCCGAGGCACAAGUACUGAGCGGAGGUCGCGCCGAACAUGAAUCCUCGCUGUGCAAAAAGAAGUGUAAAAUUGGAGCUAGACAGUACUACACUGGAUAUCCCAAGGACCUUGGGCCAUCAAGAAUUAUACCAUUCACAUCUGAGCGUCAGUUUGUGCAGCUAUUGCAUGAAGGCAGGCCUGUAGUCGUUGCCUUUACUAUUAAGUGCACUUAUACACAGCAUCUUGACAAACUACUGGAAGAGGCUGCUGCUACAUUUUAUCCGCAUGUCAAGUUUGUCCGAGUUGAGUGCCCGAAGUAUCCAGGGUUUUGCCUCACCAGGCAAAGGAAUGAAUAUCCAUUUGUUGAAGUAUUUUACAGCCCAGAACAGGCUGCAAGCCAAGGAAAGAGCGUGGAUCCUAACAUCACAAAGUAUUCUGUAAAAGUGCUACCUUUCAACUAUGAUCAGAGCAUGUAUGGAUUUCGUGAAUAUUUCAGGAAGCAUGGUUUCAAGUGUUCUGAAACAAACUGA